AUGCGUGGCCUCUCCCUCUCUGUCGGAAGAGGUCGCCCAGGUCAAUUGGCGCGUCGGACAGGCUACAUUUGUCGCCAAUGUAGAGCUAUCCAGAUCAGCUCAUCCCCCACGACCGAGUCCCCUCAUGUGCGAGACGCCUUCGGCACGUCGCCCGGCGCGUUCAAAGAUGUCUCAGAUGCGCGAUUCGAGGUGCUCGGCGCGCCAUAUUCCCUCCUCUCCGUCUCUUUAUCCGCCUCGCAGCGACUCUACACCCGGCGCGGCACUCUAGUCGCGGUAUCGGGCAAAGCGCAGAACGCCUCGUCCACUCUCUCCUUGCUCUCUCCCUUCAUUCGAGCCGUCACAGGCGUGCCAUUCCUCUACCAACGCAUUACCUCGACAACGCCGCUCACCGCAUUAAUAUCGACCAAGUCGCCUACGACCACCUUCUACGUCCUACAUCUCGACGGAACGACGGAUUGGAUGAUAGCACAACGAUCAGCCCUGCUCGCAUGGACCGGACAUUCGCUAACGGUCACGGCUCGCCUCCAACACCAGCUCCCUCUCGCGCGCUGGGGAUCCUCUGAGGUGACCGGCCGAGGGCUUGCCGCGCUCUCCGCGCCGGGCCACAUAUACCAGCUCACGUUGGCGGAGGGCGAGGAGUUCGUCGCCCACCCGGCGAACGUCGUCGCCUACACCAUUACGAAGCACCCGCCGCUACCGUUCCGGUUCAAGAGCACGGGGAUCCGGUUCCAGGUGCCGUCGAUCACGGCGUGGCUCGGCGACGCCAAGUUCCUGCAGACGAUGCGCGGUACCGAGGCCUACAAGUUCGCCGCGCGGGCCCUCUUCGGGCUGCGCACGACGGCGCGGCGCACGAUAUGGGGCGACCGCCUUUUCCUGCAGUUCCGCGGCCCCACGACGCUCCUCCUGUCGAGCCGCGGCACCCGCAUCAGCGACGUGCUGUCGAGCGCAGAGGUCAACGAGCUCGCCGACGCCUCUCCCGGCGUGGCACCGGCAGCCGUCGAGCUGAAGACGAACCCGAACCCGGCGUCCCGCGAAGCCGAGCCCCCGAUGUCGAACGCCGCCACGGCGGUCAAGAUAAGCGUGGCUAGCAUCGGCGAGGACGGAAAGGCGCACUUCGAAGACGCGAAGAGCCUCAAGGAGUUUGAGAAGUGA